ACAGAUGGGGUAUCACUGUCACCGCUGAAGCCAUUCGAGUGCCACUUAAAGUGCCAAGGCGAGAGCUGAUGAAAAUCUGAUCACUUACUGAAGCAAGAUUGACAUUCGCUAUGCCCACCAGGAAAUCAAGAUCCCACAGUUCCAAGUCAGCCAAGAAGACUAUGAGCCCAAAGACACCUAAAAAGAGGUCCUCAUGUAGUGCCAAAGUCACCACAACCGAGGUGGACAUCCUCAGCCCAGCAGCCAUGGAGAAUAUCUACUACAUUGCUCACAAUGCAGCAGACUGCCUGGCGUUCAGAGGAUUUGGGUGGCCAAAUUCAAAGAAGAAAAAGAAGGGGACAAAAAGAAAGAAAAACUGAAUCAUAAAUUUUGCCAAAGAAUUUUAACUGCUUUCCAAUGGUGACACCUACUGGAUGGAUUUGAGAUGACAGUUGGAGUGUUUGAGGCACUAAAUAAUUAAUUCUAGUAAAACUUACUGCAUGAGACUUCACUAUAUUCAACUUUAUUGUAUGGUUCAGAAUGAUGUUUGUACAACAACAAUAAAAACUUUGGCAGUUAU